CAUAUAGCGCAUGAUAAUUUAACUAGUUUACGAUUACAUAUUACAAAUACACCACGUAUCAAAUACUCUGGAAUAAUAUCAGUACCAUUUUUAUUAGGGUUAACUUGCAAAGAAAAUGUAGAAUGGCUUAGAGG